ACCACAGAUGGGUGACCGUGUACUGUUGGCAACGAAUAGCGGAAAGCGAAUGAUACGAAUAAAAUGAAUAAUGAAUACGAAUAAGGCAAUGUGAUGUGAAAAGUAAUGCAAAUGAUUGACAAAAAGUUCGUUGGGCAAAAAGAGGGGCUAAAGUCCCAACAAAGCGCUAUUUUGGGGAGGGGGAUUGAUCAGAAAGGGUUGAUCUUAUUCCUACGUUGACAGUCCCUAGAAAAAUCCCUAGAAACGUAGAACAAACCAUGUCAUAAGUUACGUCGUUACGUAUUUCUGAAACUUGCUUCCAGUACCAUCUAUACAAAAACGCACUAAACUAUUCGACAACUUACUCCGGCAGUCGGUAAGUUGCCGGUUUAUCGAUCGACCAUUCCGCGGUCGGUAAAUUGCCGGCUUAUCGUUCGACCAUUCCGCAGUCGGUAAAUUGUCGAGUAGUUUCUGCCGUUAUUGCAUAGAUGGCGGAGGAGUCGAAUUUUUGUGGGGUGAUAGUAGAUAGUCUUGUUGGAUCUAUAGUCACUGGUAUCAUUUUAUGAAAUAAACGUAGGUUAUGUUAUUAUACAUUGUGGUGUUUUUAACUUGCAAUAUAAACACUAUAUAAAAUAUACGUCUUGUUUUUAUUUGUAAAUUUGAUUAAAGUAUGAAAUAAAAUGGAAAUGCUAUAAACUUUACUUUGAGAUAAAAAUAUAUUUACAUUUUAUAUACGAUAACCUCAUAAAAAUGUUUAGUUCUUUGUGUUGUAGGAGUACAACAAAUUAUGUCAAUAAAUUAUACCCUUUUUAUAAAUUGUUAGCUAAUAAUGCCAUCCAUAAAAAUUUUGUACGUUCUAAGUAUACAUUUAAAGUGAAAAACAUAAGGGAAUACAGCCAGAAUGUAAAGUCAAAUUCAUUAUAUGUAAAUACAAAUAUACAAAAUAACGUGUUAUUGUAUAAAUAUGUAAAUGUUCGUUAUUUUGUUAUCUUUAAAGUUUUCUGUUUUGGAUGGAUAUUGUUUGCCUCGAUAUUAUCAUAUUAUACAUAUGAUUCAAAAUUUGUAUCAACAUUUUCAAAAAAUAUAUCUUGGACGGAUUAUAUAAAAGAAAAUGGAACAAAUUUAUUAUACUUUGUAUAUGCACUAAUAAUAGGACCAUCUGCCUUUUGGUUGCUAUACACAGCACAUAAAAAAUUUAUAAAAUAUAUCAUUUUGCACAAAGGUGGUAGAGAUGUAUCUAUAAUCACUCAUCAUUUAUUUAAAAGUCAAGAUGUGGCUAAAUUUCCUAUUGAGGAAGUAACAGCUAUAAUUUCACGAAACAAAAUGAAAGAUUACUUGCCAAUAAAAGUUAAAGGUAGAUGGCUUUAUUACUUACUCGAUACUGACGGAAAAUUCUUAAAUCCAGAAUUAUUUGAUCAUACAAUUGGUAUGCAAAAACGGUGGUAGAUAUAAUAUAUAUAUAUAUGUUAUGCAGAAUUUGUAUGAAUAAAUUCUAAGUAACUGACAUUUA